AGAUCACUUGGAAGUCAGACAGGAACAGAAUCACACCAGAACCUGUAAGACUGAAAGUCAGUUAUUUACUUGGAGACUCAGAAUCAUCAGACGUCAGCGACAUUUUGAUCAAGCAGACGACAGUCAACGUGAUCAGCAGACGACAUUUGGAAAAAAACAGGCGACAGGGCAUUAAACUCCAAACAAGCAGACGACAAGUCAAAGUCGAUCAUUCCACACAUCAGACCUGCCUAUCAGGCGAAGAAGCACAGGCGGCAGGGCAGUAACGAUCCUACAUUGAACCCCAAACAUGGUUUGGUUUGAAAUUCGUGCUGCAGCUCAGCUCGUGCUGUGGGCGUCCCUCCUGCUCCUCCCCUCCAUGGUGGGGGGACACGGGCGUCUGCUGGAACCCCCCUCUCGAGCAAGUAUGUGGAGGCUUGGUUUCAAUACCCCACCAAACUACAACGACAACCAGCUCUUUUGCGGCGGUUACCAGAGACAGUGGGAACAGAACAAGGGGAAGUGCGGUGUGUGCGGAGAUCCCUGGGACGGGGUGCGCGAGAACGAGGCUGGAGGGAAGUACGCAAAAGGCAUCAUCGUCCGGAAGUACAACCAAGGGGAGACAAUCCAAAUUGACAUUGAUCUGACCGCCAACCAUAGAGGUUAUUUUGAGUUCCGUCUUUGCCCCCACAACAACCCCUCCACCCCCGUCACCCAGCAGUGUCUCGACACACAUGUUCUGAAACACCCUGACGGUAGCACGCGCUUCUACGUCACCACGUCACGUGAGGGCAAAUACAACAUGGAGGUCAUACUUCCGGCGGAUGUGACGUGUUCUCAGUGUGUCCUGCAGUGGAAAUACAACGCUGGCAACUCUUGGGGAUGUGAAGCAAGUGGUCACUGCUGUGUUGGGUGUGGACCUCAGGAACAGUUCUACGGCUGCGCAGACGUCGCGAUACUCUCGUCUAACAGUCAGGCGCAAACUGUCUUUGUGGCGCCAUCUGGCGGGGCUACAUCCGGGUGCUCAGCUACCGGACUCUGGGCAGGAAAUAGCCGGAUGGUCACGUGGUGCAAGACGAACUGUGCCCAGGGUAACUGUCCCACCCAGAUGUGUUCCGAGGGUUGUCGUUCCCUUGGCAACCAGCAUUACUAACUUUAUUGCUCAGAAAUUUGGGUAUUGUAUGUCACGUUGGACAAUGAUGUAACGUGGUCUUGUGAAAAAAGUGCUCAAUAUAUACCAAGUGUUUUUAUUUUGAUAUACUAUAUGUUUUGAUGAUGUUUAUUUCUCAAUAAAAAAUUGAAAACUGUU